ACGUAUCAGAUGAGUCAAAUGACAAGGGAGUGAUAAAGGACAUUCAGCAGGAGGCAACACACAUCUAUAUCGGUCAGCGAAAGUUGGGCCAUGUUACUCCUGUACAGCGCCGUGGUCACCGUCUGCGUGUGUGUCCGGAGCGUGGUCUCUCAACCUGUGUCCGGCUGCCCGUCAUACGGGUGCACACCCACGGGGUCCUUCUCUCUUUUGACGCCAUCAGGGAUUCCAAGGUCAGGGGUCAAGGUCGUCUGGACGGCACAACUGUCAAAUUCAUCAGGAACCGGAAGUCGUCUGCUUGGCUGCGUCAGUAACGAUAGAUAUGUCGUCUGCCCGUCGCAAAAUGGCUACGUGGGGGUUGACGGAGACACCGGGAAGGUGCUGUGGAGAGACUCCAGCUUGGUGAACCCCUCGCUCCCCAUCAUGGACAUCAGUGGCGACAUCAUCGGCAGCGACGGCAGAUACCUCACGAAGGUCGACGGCGACGGCACGGUGGAGAAACCACUUAUUCCCCUGGACCCUCCCAUGACACCUGUUUUCAGUCUGGAAUUCGGAGAUGGGAACAUCUUGUUGAUCGUGUCUCAGACGGGGGAGGUCGUCGCCUAUCUCGCAAAUGGAAUCCCCCUGGCGUCCCUGGUGCUACGGGGAAACGUUGAGAUGUACAACGGGAUCUUUCAUCCCAUCGCCCAGCCCAUCAUGCGGGGGAGCCGCGCCUACAUCCUCACCCAGUUCCAGCCCGACCCCCAGGAUGCAGCUAUACCCCAAGAAAAGCUAGGUACUCUGGGUAUGCAGCGUCUGUACGCCAUAGACCUCUUGGACCGCUUGUUGCAGCCUAUCGAUAUCGUCUGGUACUUCAACCUGGAACUAGAGGUCAAGGUCAACUGCCGGCGACCAGAGAAAUCUACGGAAUCGUCCCAAGAUGAAGGGAAACAAAACGCUGGGAACGUAGCAGGUAGUAAACAUAAACCCACGUCCGAGAUCUCACGUGAUAAGAAGAUAGUAGGACCUGGGAACCCUGAUGAAAUGAAACGGUCUCGUCUCUCCAGAAACAAACGUGACACACUCGAGCACGACACGAGACUGAAGUAUAUGACGGCUAAUCAGGUGGAUGGUAACUCCGUCCUCCUAGACAUGCUCACACGAUCUGAAACAAAGGGUGGAACAAAUAUUUGGGAACCAACCAACAGUUUGCGGAAUCCAGUACUUCGACAUGGCGAAUCUAAGGAUGUUGUGGGAAUGGUUCAGGACGAAUUCAUUCUUUCUACCGGUACAGGAAACACAAACAAGCAUCAAAACUCUGGUACUUCCGGUACGGGCGGUUCACACAAGGGCCGCCAUCCCAGCGACAGGAUUCGUCACCAAUGGUCUCAGCAGGCAAGUGAACAGUCCAGUUUGAUAUACUUCUUUGGAACAGUGAUGGCAAGUGUGGCGCCCCCUACAGGGAUCUGUGAUAUGCUGACAUUGGAAGAAAAUCGUCAGUGCUGCCUGGAAAGCUCAUUUUCCAAAUUGGUGGGUAUUCAAGAUCUAGGUACAAACAUGAGCUUGUCGUACAGCAAUAACUUCUCCCUCUCUCAUAUGUCGGUCUAUGACGAUUCCUAUGGCAGACAGGGUCUGGACUCGUCAUGGAACGCUCGUGUGAAACAAAAACUCCGGGACACAGAUCCUAACGGCGAAAAAACAACAGUCACUCACUCAAAGCAACGGGCCAGGCUUGGCGAGGGAAGCCUAGUGUGGGCUGUCACGCAGUUUGGCGACACCAUUAACGGAUUCGAUCAAAUCUCCAGCCAGGUCCAACAAAUCGCUAACGUCUCCCACAUGCUAAACACCAGCGUACAAGUGACGUCAAGGGUAAUGGUAGCCAUAGAUCCCAAAACGCAUGCUGACCUCCUUCUUUUCGCCGUAAGACGGGUUAAUAAAACUCAGCCCCACUCUUCCUAUAAUGCGACGAAUUACUUGGUUGCCUUGGAUACAUCCUUUGGGGACGGUCAGCAAAACAUAAUGUGGACACUUCCGGUUCCCUAUGAUUAUGAAGUUCAAGGUCAGAUUGCCGUGUUGGAAGUUCCGUGGGUUAAAAGCUCUUCGCCGCUUUUAGUCGCAACAGCCCAGGGUCCUGUCAGCCAGAUAGCGUUCGCCUUUAACUUCACCCAGACAGGGUGAAGGAACAAUUGCCCUGUUGUACAAACAUUCUGGGGAAAACUGAAGGUCAUUGUUCCAUAUGAUGUCUUCGGUAAUUUACGAUGAAUGUCUCCUGCUCGCCCCUGGAUUGAUGUGUCCGGUUUAAUCUUAAUGUAUACUGGACAAAAAAAGUUAGGGAUCAUGACUACUUGGGGGUGGGACAUUUUUAUGACAUUGUGUGCGAAGUCUUCAUUGCAGCAUCCAAUAUAUCUCCCGAGCUUGCAUUUCCGUGAACCUACACAAAUCCCAGGAUCUGUUCCCGAGGUUUCGCGAUCUCAAAUUACCCGCCCUUGACUUUCAGCGACCAAUCAAACAUCGAAAUAAAGAAAAGGUAAAUGUGUGCAGGAGGACUUACCACUGCCAGUCAUGAUGGAAAUGAAUCCAUCAAACACAUUUUUAGGGCUUUCUUUUGCGUGUCAGUCAGUUUUUCAAUGUUGAAUUUCUCGCAAACUCUAUAUCAAUGAAUGGAACUGGUCGCCAUGUUGUUGAUAUCGCCAACCUAACAUUGAGCCUGGUUUGUAACUCGCAUUCUGACUGGUCCCUUAGACUGAGUGGCGUAGCAAAUCAAAUCAUAUUAUAUCCUCGCUUGACAACCGUAUAAGGAUCUAUCCGAUCUAUACCGAAACGUCGCCUUUAAAGUAAAAUAAAGAAGAUGGUAUCCA